AAAGCAUUGAUCAUCACACCACAAAAUCAUUGCCUACCCAAGCUAGCUAGAUAGCAAGAGAUUAUUCCGGCUUCAGACUUGCGCCUGUGGGACUUUUUCCUUCUGCCGUACCUCGAUCCUCGGAAUACUGCCAUCGUCUGGCCGUUUUUGCAACAACUCGAGUUCCACCAUGACUACCGAUCGAUCGUCUUCGUCCUUGAAACUCUUCUCGCUGGUUCGCAAUGUGGUCCUUACAGUCGCAGUAUGGGAACUGCUGUCCUUUGACACCCAGCCCUUUCAACAGCAGUGGACCGGUGCUUCUGCAGCGCGGGGCAUGAGCCUGAUGACGCGGGACCUGAAAGCAUGGGUCGACGAAGCCUAUCAAGCCUAUCAAGCCGUUGGUGCCAUGAGCCACAUUUCCGUGUUCUCGGCAAUGCAUCUGGAGUACUUGGCAACCCUCACUCCCUCCAAUCCCGUGUAUUGCUACAAUUCGUCAUUUUGCUGCGGCCGGUGGGAUGUGGACGCCGAUCCUUGGUGGAUUCAUCACCCGGACUGGCAAGUUGUCCCUGAUGUGGAAGAUAUCACAGAUGUUGGAUUCUGCUUUGCUCCCAUUCAAAACUUGGAUCAUAAGCAAACAAUGCAACAAUUGCACCUACAGCAGUGGGGGGUCGAUAUUGGAGAAAGAAACGCCAAUGUGUCCUUGCAGGAGCUCUCCAGCAUCAUUCCAGAAUCUUACAACUUUACUGACAGUACAAACAAUACAAAUGCAAUCAACUGCUCCAAUCUAGUUACCACAGUCCCCAUCAGUUCUGGGUAUGGAGCAAGCAUGUCAUUCCUGUACGGCACUUUUUGGUUUGCAUUUACACAACACCUGCCCUUCCAAAUCAUCAAACGAGGACCCUGGAUGUAUGCAACUGCCAAUGUCAACCAUUCUUGGGCAUACUGCCCUGACCAAGAUGCUUCCUGCCUCUACUUGCCUCUUUCACCCUGCAGUCGAUAUCGUGCAGAACAGCCAAAACAGACACGUAGAGCCAACCAGCGUGAUCAUCUACAAGCCAUGCAAUGGCUGUGGAUGCGAGAUUACAUGGCAAGACCCAACCAAGGCUUCCGGCAGGCAUUGACCAAGCUACAAGAGCCCUAUGUCCCAUUGCUAAAAGACAGCAACUGUAUCGCCUUGCAUGUUCGCAGGGGAGAUGCCGGUGUCCCGAGAAAACCAUUUCGGAGGUAUGCGGCCAUUCAAGAGUAUUUGGACCUGCUGCCAAACCAAACAGCCAACAGCAAACGUACCAUUUUCCUACUGACAGAUGAUGCCUCCACCAUUGAUGAACUGCAGCAGUACCAUCUCAAUGUCUCCAAUCCCAAGUUCCAUUGGAUAUACACAAACAAAACUCGCAAUCGAGGUACCGAGCAGGGGUUUGAUCGACAUGUUCCUGCAGCCAGUGAUGGACCAGAAGAGUUGCUCUGGAUAACGGCUGAGCUUGAAUUAGCAGGACGGCAUUGCACAACUCUGCUACACGGCAUUUCGGGUUAUGCUGGCCAGUUACUGGACAGGAUGCGAUUCUAUGCGGGAUCCGCCCACCACAACAAUUUGACCAACUACUACUUGGAUACGUCGGCGCCCUUUGAAGAGAUACAGAAAUACCGGGGCAAGGUCCGCCAAAGAGAGUCUUACCUGCUGGACAACAUCCAAUCAUUUUAUACCAACACAACAGCAGAAGCGUAGCCAGAGAUCGUAGACUCCAGCUACUGCUCCGCUAUAGUCGCUGUUGGGCAGAUCUCUUGGCGACAACAAUAAGUGCGCAGAUUCCGCAAGCUAGGUAUACGUUACAUAACUUAUUAUUAGUCUACUAAACGCUAGCUACGGUA